AUUCCGGUGAACGUAACUUGAGAAAGUGUUCGUUUUGAGUGGCAAGUAUUGAGAAAGAUAAUCGUUGACUAAAAAAAUUUAAGAGAUUCGAAGAAUAUUCUUUAUUAUUCGUACCAGUUUCUAGUAAUACACGUAUUGUUUCAAGAGGCAAAAUAAGAUGUCAAACGUGAAAAAACAACGAUUUAACUUUCACGAAGUGACUAUAUUCAAUGAGAAUGGAGAAUGUGUCGUCGUAUCACGAACAUCUUUGAUACAAAAUGGUGGAUUGCUGAAAAACUUUAUAAUUGUGUGUCCCAAUGAAAUGAAGUUUAUUCUGAAAUUACCUCUGACAUUGCAAAUGCUGAAUGAAUUUGCAGGGUUUUUGGAGAAAGAAUAUGUUUUUUUGAAUUCUGCUGAUAACGGAUUCGAAAUGUACCUCAUCGGCAAACGUUACUUUAUUAGCCAACUGCAAAAAAUGUGUUUCCAUCAUCUUACACAGCCGAAUAUCUGCACAAACAUUUGUCGCAUCCACGAUUUUGCUUGCAGACACAACGAAAAACAAUUGCAGUUUCAUUGUUGGGAAUGUUUCCUUUGGCUCGAAAAGAACUAUAUCCACACAGACGAUUUCAAACGGUGUGAAGAAAGCACCAUUUACAGGUUAUUGAAGUCCGACUUUUUCAAUAUAGAGGAAUCUGAUUUGUUGCGUGCUCUUUUCGUGUGGGUCGAGCAGAAAUUUUGUAAACUGAGAAAAACAAACGACGACAUUUCGAAGGGAAAAAUAAUAAGACCGUUCCUGCCGUUGAUUAGAUUCUCCAUGUUGGAACCAUGGUUAAAAGAACACCUUUUGAACUUGAUUAGCAAAGAUUGCAUUUCGAAAAAAGAAGCUAAAUCCAUAAGAAGAUAUCAAAUUCAAAAAAAUGUCGCGACUCUUCCACCAAUAAUAUCUGCUUACGCUAAACCGAGAAGAACUGAAUAUUCUUCGUUACUUGCCGUAAAUUUCAUGACUUAUAAAGAGUUGAAAGAAAAUACCAAAGUCAAACCAACUUUUCUGUUUAUGGCUGAUUUAUGGGUUAGCAAAAGUUGUGUGGUGAAUGCGAUUGUGCUGCCAAUUAACCAUGGAAAUCCUGAAGGAAUAAAUGUUUUAGUCGGUGUGAAGUCGACGUAUUCGCAAGAUUUCGUCUACGAAAGACAGAUCUGUGGUAUGGACGGGAUUUUAGAGUUUCGAAAAAUGAAAUAUUUGCGGGAGCGCAGCUUUAACAUAUUUUUAGUGAAGGUUGCGAAGGAAGAAAUAGAAUCGACCUUCAUUGAGGUAUUAAAAAAUACUCCCGAAUAUAUUCCGUUAUACGAACUCCCAGAUGAAACUAACAGACUUACAGGGGAGAAAACAAUAUUCAAUUGUAAAAUUUGUCCUAUUUUCUAAUUUUUGUAAAACCGUAAUAUCGGUUACUUUACUUACAUUUAACACGAGGUAUGUUUUCGCUUCCUCUCGAGAAAGUACGUAAUUGAACUGUGACGUCUGUGGUUUUUACAGAAUACGAAAAUUAAUUUUGAGUGUUUAAAUAAUUACACAAUGUAAAUAAACAGUACACGUGAGGUGAUUGUUGUAGACGAAACCAUUUUUGGGAAAUAAUUGAAUGACAAUAAAUUAUAGAAACUUCCGUUUUUCAUUUUUAGUGCAUUUUUUUAGAUAACAUCAA